AUGACCACCACUACCGGAAGUUGUUUAUGCAACGCCUGCGCCUACGCCUACACCGACUCGCCAGCCCUCAAAGCCCUAUGCCAUUGCAUCUCCUGCCGCAAAAUAUCCGGCGGCAGCAACACCAUCAACUACGCCGUCCCCGAGCAGGCCUUCCGCCUAACGAAGGGCAACCCCCGGUCAUUCUCCAAGGACCAUGAGUACGGCAUGGUGUUGACGGUCUUCUUCUGUCCCGAGUUUGGCACUACACCUUGGAAGGAGGCCACGGCCGAGCAAUUGCAAGGGUUGAAACUAGUUCAGGCGGGCACGUUGACCGAGCCGUCGUCGUUGGAUGAAAGUGGCGAUGCGGAGUUUUAUACGUCCACUAGGGUGUCGUGGACUCUUCCUUUGGGUGGGGUUGAACAGCGGGCACAGUUUUAG